UGCCGAACGUCCGCCGCGAUUGGGUAGCACGGGUGCUCAUCAGCAUGCCUGGUUCUGGUGCGGCCUGUGAGGCUCUGAGGGAGGCCAUUGCGGCUCAAGAGUGUAUGAGAGCUUGAUAAAGACGUAAAGCGGCUCGCCCGGGGGCACCAGAGGAGAGCUGCCUGUUUCAGCUUUGGAUGCUUGGAAAUUAUAGUCCUGAAUUCUUGAAGCUUGAUCAUCACAAUUCCAGGCCUAAUAUUCAAAAUAGCCAAAAAAAGUGAUCCUGAAAACUGCCAAAUUCUGAGAUAAAGACUACAUGACACUACAACAUGAGCGAGAAUAAAUGUGACACACAGUUUUACAGUGUUCAAGUUGCCGAUUCAACAUUCACUGUACUAAAACGCUACCAGCAAUUGAAACCUAUUGGCUCUGGGGCUCAAGGCAUUGUGUGUGCUGCAUUUGAUACUGUUCUUGGAAUAAAUGUUGCUGUAAAGAAGCUGAGUCGCCCUUUCCAGAAUCAAACCCACGCAAAGCGAGCUUACAGAGAACUAGUGUUGCUAAAGUGUGUAAAUCACAAAAAUAUAAUUAGUCUAUUAAAUGUAUUUACACCUCAGAAGUCAUUAGAAGAAUUUCAAGAUGUAUAUUUGGUUAUGGAAUUGAUGGAUGCUAAUUUAUGCCAAGUUAUUCAUAUGGAGCUGGAUCAUGAAAGAAUGUCCUAUCUUUUAUACCAGAUGUUGUGUGGGAUCAAACAUCUUCAUUCAGCUGGUAUCAUCCACAGAGAUUUAAAACCCAGCAAUAUAGUAGUAAAAUCAGAUUGUACUCUCAAAAUCCUUGACUUUGGACUUGCAAGAACAGCAUGUACUAAUUUCAUGAUGACUCCAUAUGUAGUAACACGAUAUUAUAGAGCACCAGAAGUUAUUCUUGGCAUGGGAUACAAAGAGAAUGUUGAUAUCUGGUCAGUUGGUUGCAUCAUGGGAGAAUUGGUGAAAGGUUGUGUGAUAUUCCAAGGCACUGAUCAUAUUGAUCAAUGGAAUAAAGUUAUUGAACAAUUAGGCACACCAUCAGCAGAUUUCAUGAAAAAACUACAGCCUACUGUACGGAAUUAUGUAGAAAACAGGCCAAAAUAUCCAGGUAUUAAAUUUGAAGAACUCUUCCCAGAUUGGAUAUUUCCGUCAGAGUCUGAUCGUGACAAACUAAAAACGAGUCAAGCUAGAGAUUUACUAUCAAAAAUGCUAGUAGUAGAUCCAGACAAACGAAUUUCAGUAGAUGAAGCUUUGCGACAUCCAUAUAUCACAGUUUGGUAUGACCCAGCUGAAGCGGAAGCACCACCACCCCAAAUCUAUGAUGCACAAUUGGAAGAAAGAGAACAUGCCAUUGAAGAAUGGAAAGAGUUAAUAUAUAAGGAAGUAAUGGAUUGGGAAGAAAGAAAUAAGAAUGGUUUGGUAAAAGAACAGCCUUCAGAUGCAGCAGUGAAUAGCAAUACCAGCCCUUCUCAGUCAUCAUCAGUCAACGACAUUUCAUCCAUGUCAACAGAACAAACAUUGGCUUCAGACACGGACAGCAGCCUUGAUGCUUUGACAGGAACACUUGAAGGAUGUCGGUGAUCAGCUUUGAAGAUUAAGUUUAGCAAAGAAUCUUUGCUUCUGUUGGGCCUCUAUUGCUUGUAAGUUCAUGGAGCCAAAUAGAAAACUUCAUGUUCCGCAUGUUCCUCAAAAUAAUGCCUGUGAUUUUACUCAGUUGCAGUAAAACUGUCUGCUUAAUAUUGUAGAGUAAAAGCAACUUUGUAUCUCAAGGCAAAUGAAAUAUAAACAUUAAUAUAACCUGUUCUGUUUUGAUCUAUAUCAGGUGAGCAGUUAAAAUAAGAAGAUCAAACAAAUCCAUGGGCAUUCUCACAGAUUUUUUUAAAAAACAUGUUUAUAAAACAAAUGUGUGUGUGUGUGUGUGUGUGUGUGUGUUUGAGAGGGGGAAGGAAGGAAAGGAAGGAAGGAAAGAAGAUGUAAAUCUUGUUGAAUGUAUAUUCUGUUUCUUAACUAUUCAAUUGCAGUCAUAUGCCAUUCUUAAUAUAUCUUGCUGGUAUUCUCAAUACUGUAUAAUAUAGACGCAAUUGUUUUUCUGCAGAGCACUCUUUUCUUGAGGCCUUUUUCUCUCCAUCACCAAAUAAUAUUGUACUCCUUCUCAUAGAAGAAGCAAAUUUGUGAAUUUUUGCUUCACAUUUUACAUCUAAAUAUGUUUUUGAAUGUAUUAUUUCAGUGCUUUUCUUUGAAGCGUAAGUGGGAUAAGUAAAGAUAAGUCUUAAUACUUAUCAUAGUUAGGUUUGUUUUUAAAAUAGCAAUGUUGGCACCUAUUUUUAAGAAGUGACUUAACACUUGUAGGGCCUUUCUCUCCAUUGCCUUUUCCUGGUAUUACGAGAAUCUGAUGUUGACAUCAUAUUGGAGCUAACGUUGAGCCUUUUAAUAGAUAUACCUUAGUUGCUUUUGAUAUAUUUUAAGGGACCACUACAUAGCUUAUAAUUACUUUCAAAAAUUCACAUUUGGGAAAAAUUGAAAUACAUUAUAAAAAGUGAAAGGAAUCAUUUUUAGAACUAAAACACAGAGGUAAGAAUUCGAGGUAAUCCUCGCUUAACAGCACUAACUGGGACUGGGCUUUCCAUUGGUCAGCGAAGCAGUCAUUAGGCAAAAUAUGACAUGGCUCCACCACUUCGUGACUGCAGUUCUGGUAGUCUCACUUACAUGUGUUAGACAAGGAGUUCACACUUCUCCUGCCCUGCCCUGCCCUGCCACGUUCAUCUCUGCUUCAACUCCCCUCACCCACCUACCUGGGUUCUUUUCACUGCCUUGUGUUCCACCACUGCCACGUAUCUCUCAUCACCCACAGCUGACCUCCACCAUCUUCUUUCUCCCCCUGCUGACAAGACACCCUGCAGUCACAAAUGUGGGUGGCUGCCAAUGCCCGAAUUUUGAUCACAUGAUUGCGGGGGUGUUUUAUCUUUGUGCUAUAAUUACAAUUUGUUCAGUGACAGUGUAAUUUUGAAUGGACUCCAUUAUGUGAGGACUACUUUAGUUAUGAUAAGUAACAUACAAAAUAUGUAAGGGUGGUUUUUUUAAAAAAUAAAUACCCAAUCUUGAGUGUAUUUGCUUUGCUUCAAUUUCUUCCUAGCUCUGAACAUGAGUGAAGUUGAUUUAACAGGAAAAUAUUUAUAUGAGUAUGUACGUGAACUGGCAGAUGGGCAUUGUGUUUUAGGGAAGGUAUGGUGGAUGGAACAAAGUUGUGAAUCAAAGCCAGUUGUUACAGUUAUUGCAGAUAUCCAGGGGCGAGGGGUGAUUCCCUUGGAAGAGAUUGGGAAAGGCAUAUUGUGUAUUACCGCCUUUUUCUUCAGGCACCAGCACUUUACUAGCAGCGCAAACAUACGACUGGGAAUAAGUCCUAUUAAGUUUAAUAAGUGUGAUAUAAGAUCAUAGCAUAAAUUCAUUGUUUUUAGAAAGAACAUUUUUAGCAAUAGGUUCUUCAAAACACACUAUCAGAAUGAGCCCAACACUCCUGAUUUCUCCAGAUAGAAUUUGCCAUCAGAUCUUUUGGCUAUAAGAUAUUCAUACAAUUUUAUCACUUGAUAAAAUUCAAUUACUAAGUUGCAACUGAACAUAUUAAUUUCCUUCUUUAAACAUUCUACUUGAGAUACAAGAUCCCAUGAAAUGCCUGCGAGAACUUACAUGUUAGCUAUUAACGGAAUAAUCCAUGUUCAUAUUUAUCCUUAAACGAAUAUAAAUAUAAAUUGUGAUGUACAGGCACACAAUCUCUUAUUUGCACUAGUAAGAUAUUUCCGAAGACAAUAUUAAUGACUAAAAUUAAAUGAAAUAUAUCUCAUUGCUAAUUAAAAUAAACAUGGGAAGCAAAAGAAAGACCAAAGUGAAAGAACAAAGAAAGGUGUUUAACCAUAUCCAAUAAAGCUUAAUUCGUAAUGUUGUUAAGCAUGCCACCAAACUACGUUGAAAUAACUGUAGAGCCCCUUUUGCACAAAACCCAUUCGAUUUACCUGCAUGAAAUUUGGAAAGAGCAUUUCUCACUGUAAAUGCUAUCUAUUUUGAAAUGUAAUAUUGUGUCCCAAAAUAAUCAGUUUUCCCCUGUAGUAGUGUUCAAUCACAUUUAGCGCAUUGUAAAAAGAUAGAUUGCUUUUGAAUUCAUCCCAUUCUGCCAAACAACCAUACAGCCACGGUUAUAUUUUUCUUAGGCUAUGCUGGGGAGAUUAAACUCUAAAAUUUACUUGGGAUCAAGAUCCCAGUUGGUACUGUAUUUAACCAAAAAGAAGACAAGGGUGGGAGUUAGGCAUAAAUGUAUAUUGAUUGAAGUAAUAACUACUAAUAAAAACUCAUUGCCUGUAAAAAUUAGGUCCCUCAUUCACAAUAUUAAUUGUUCUCCAUCUUCAUAUACCAAUAUUCUCUGAUCCAUACAACCUGCCCCCCCCCCCAUUAUUCAACUACCCAGAUGUAUUUCCCCCUUUUUUCCAGCAGAAGCCAGCAAUUGAACAAGAUGGAUAUAGAAUAAGAUGAAGGGAUGCCUGCAGUAAGAAUGGAAAGAAAGAGAAGGGGUGGGAGCAUAUUGGUUAGAGAUUGGGUGGUGGGAAGAGUUACCGGACAAAGAAGGAAAGAAAAGAAAGGACAAGUCAGUUAUAAUUAAAAUGUUUAAAUUCAAGCUAAUUUUCCUAAAGAAAGCCAGUUGGUAUAAUGGUUAAUGCAGGCUAGAAUCAGGUUAGAAAUCAGGAGACUGUAAGUUCUAGUCUCAGCUUAAGUACAAAGCCAGCUGAGUGACCUUGGGCCAGCCACUUACUCUCAGCCCUAGUAAGCAGGCAGUGGUAAACCACCUUCAAAAUCUUGCCAAGAAAGACUAGAGGGUAGGUACACAAUCUUGAGACAUUCAGGCUUUGUAGCAUGAUCCCUUCAGCUAUUUGUACUUCAUGCUAAUUCCCUUGUUUUCAUAGCUUUUUCUAUUGUCAGCAAGUGUAAUACACCACCACAUCAUUCAUAGAAAAUUAUUUGGGGUUAGGGGAUAUAGCGGAAGUUCUCUGUAUGAUCAGAAUUUCUCUGCAGCCUUUCUCAUUCCACAAUGGGGUUGGGGGAGGUAGAGAUGAUACAUUCGGGCAUCUUUUCAACUGUCAAGUUGAAAUGCCUGACAAUAUAGGUUUUGUCUUUGUGUUCCUGUAAAAGAACUUUCUUUAAUCAGUUUGAAAUUAUGAAACUGUAUAAUAAUUAUGUAAUUUUAAAUAAAGUUACAUAAUGUAAGGUUACAUGACGCAACUCUUUAAGAGUUUGCAUUGUACUUUCAGAAGUACUGUGAAAAUUAUCCUGUGUUUGGACUAUUUUGUAAAUAUGGGUAUUCAUCUAUACAAACACUGAAUAUUAAAAAAUGUGCUUGCCUCUACAAUAUAUUGUUCAGCAAUAGUAAAAAAAAUGACAUCUACACACACAACUCUUGACAUAAAAGGAAACUAUUUCUUAAUCAUUGGUAUAGGCAUAUCGCAUCUUUUGGAGAAGAAAAGAGGGGUUUGGAAUUGAAAAACAAUGGUAUGAAUGCAGAGGACUUUAAAGUUUGUACUGUAAUAGUUUGAGGCCAGUUCAGAUUAGAUAGAUUAAUUAGCCCUCGAAUUUCUAUGCUUUCCAUCUUGAAAAAUCUCCUUUGAUUUUUCUUCACUUUAAAACUAUUUUUUUUUAUUUUGGAAAGUGGUAUCCUAUGAAACAGUUCAGCUGUUUCUGAAGGCGUUAUAAUAGUGAGUAUUUUGGCUACAACUAAACUGAGAAUAAUUAUUGGCUAAAUCCUUAUUUGGAGAGAAUGUGCUAAAGAAAGGGUAAAGCAUAAAUGAGUGGAUUAUCAUCUAACAGGGAACAAUGUUUGCUCUAAUUAUAUGUUAUAGCUUUUUUGUUUUAUGUAUCUGAGGAGAAGAAAAAUGUAUGUACAUCUACUGUAGUUGCACUGGGACAACCAGUUAAAUGCAUACAUAAAGAGGGAUAGGUAGAGGUAACUUUUAUAGCAGCCAUAAAACAUUAAUGCUAUAGUUAAGCUACUUCUUUCAUGCUUUGGAAAAAUCAUGACAUAGAAUUAAUAAUAGUAAAUAUCACUGCUCCAUUAAUGACACAUACACAUACACACAAUUUAAAUGAUAGAAACAUUUAACCUCACUUGCGUAGAUUUUUUCUUCUACAUCACUUAUACCACUUUGUAAUAGAUUAUAAACUGUUUGGAGGACAUGGUAAACGAAGGUGGAUUCAAACUUUUCUGCCACUCUAGAUAAUGUUCUUGUUGUAAAUCAGUUGAUAACAUUCUUUUGAGCAAUGGGUAUGGCAUUAAAUCGUUAAGAAAAGCAUGGACAACUCCCAAGUAUGAGGGAAGGAACAAUGAAUUGAACAUUAUGAUUCAAUGGCCAUUUUCCAUAUCUUAACUAAUGUUUGGCUAGCAUUAUAUCAUCACCAGGCUAAGUAUGACUGUUCUAACAUUUAUUCAUUGAGUUGAAAAUAUAAAACUAGUCAAUGUUUUAAGUAUAAGGACAGAGUUCUAAGCCUGAAGCAUACAUUUGCACCACUGGUUUUCUUUCUAUAAAAGAAUGUAAGUAGGAUGUAACAUGGAUAGUUUUCCAUGUUUUGUUUAUAAGUUUGAUAAUGAAUCCUACAUUUCAGUAGAGUCAUUUCUUACUAAUUUAGAUGAAAUAGUAUAUAAUUACUAAAUGCUUUCAGUCACCUGUAGUUUGAUGUGUUCAAAUCAGUUCAGUGUCACUUUUCCAAAAGCUGAGUGUGUAUUUGUAAAUGUCCAAGUCUUUCUGUAAAAAUCCUGUCACGAACUUGUCUACUAUAGCAUGCUCUGACAUUACUGUGAAAUGUUUUAAUAGACAUAAUAUGUGUACUUCCUGUACUUAACUGCUCACCUGAAAAAAAAAGGAGAAUGAAGCAAAUUGGCUAAUAACUGUUCAAUUUCUGUCCUCUACAUAUUAUUUUAAAUAUACUGAGUAGCUGAAUGGCAUUGCAGAGAUAGAAUGGUUUUACAAGUUAUUUUUGUAUGUGCCCCCUUCUUUGUUCAGAAACAUUAGAGUCUGGAUUGUUUGGAAAGUGCUUUAAGGAAAUGAGUUUACACAAACUUGCAUAUUUAUGAUGAAACUAUAUGAAGAGACGCAUGUGUCUGUGCAGAUCUUUCUUUAAAAAAAGCCAAGAGGUACAUUUCAUGAUGCAGCAACAAAGGAAGCAAAAAGUGUGUCUUACUAGGAAAAUGGAUGAAAUGGCUUGAAAGUGAAGGCGGAAGUCAGUAGUGCUUCCUACUGCUUCCAAUAAUGGGUGCCAAAGGCUUAAAGAAAGUUGAGUAAUGCUGUUUUAGUUUAGAUUAAGUUGACAGAAAUUUAGGCUACAUUAAUUAAAUGUAAUUAUAAGGGAAUAUUUAUGCAUCCAAAUGUUUACUUUUCAAUGACUUCAGUGUCUGUUUACAUUAUGGUUCAGAGUUGGUUUAAAAAUUGUAACACUUGCACCUUCACUGAUCCAUUCUAUCUAAAACCUUUUCUGCAACACGGUAUGCUGAAGUCUUUUGUUGCUGUUACAUCAUGUUUACAUUAUUAUUUUUUUUAUUAAAAAAAACAUAAAUUUAGAGAGAAGGGCUUAGAUCGUAUUUCUAAUUUAGGCCUGGAUGUGCCCAGUGUGCCUUGACUCUCUUUUUCCUUUGAAUGGCAGAUCACAGGUCAUAUCACAAAUACGUUUUUGAAACUCUGUUAGCUUCACAAGAUGCUUGUCAACUGCUGGACUUGGGAAAUUAUUUUGAAAGCUCCUUUGAUGUAUGGAAUUAAGUAUAAGGUUUGUUGGAUUAAGACUAAAGUAAUAGGAUAUAAUAGUAUUGAUCUGUAUCUUUGGGCCAUUAUGUAGCACUCCAUGAAUUAGGGGGGAAAAAAACCUCAUGUGUGCAGUCUACAAAUUUGUGCUAGGCUAUACUGCAAGUUGCCAAGUUAAUGAUGUCUGAAUCGUAGAGAUUCUGAGUUCCAAAACAGAAUUGGUGACCCUUUUAGUUUGAGAAUUACUUGCUGGAUAAAUUCCUAAAAUGGCCAAAUCCUUUUUUUCCAAGUGCAGAUAAUAUUUUGCAGUAAUGAGAUCUAUGUAUAAUAGUUGAACUGCAAAAUCCAGAAGUGAAGAAAUGUAUACGAAGAACCUUGAUUAAAUUUUAUGAAUCUAAAAUCAAUAGUGCCUGUAAAGCUGGUUGAUGUUGUGAUGUAUAAAACUAAUCAGGGCAUAUAAAUUUAGUAAUUCUGUGGGAGCGGAAUUUCUUCCUGGUAAUGAAUGUAUUUGUAGAACUUAAUUGAAGCUCAUGUAUGUUUCACAGAUUCCCAGGUCUAGUACUCACCAAGUUAAUUUCUCUCAGAAGAUUCCCUGAUUUUUUAAUGUCUUUCUUCCAUCAUGUAUACUUCUGAAAUCAUAUUUUAUAUGUUGGGACAUGAAAAUUUGCCAAAUAUUUAAAUAAUUUGCUUAGAAUCUUUUUAAUACCAUUAUGUAACAAAUCUCAUGUUAUAUGCACUGUGCAUGAUAAGAACUUUGUAUUGAAGAAUUGCAAGCCAUCUACUCCUUAUAUGUACAAAAGAAAUCAUUCUCAUUUUUGAAUUAUAAAAUUAUAUUUUAUUUUUAUAAUUGUAAUUCUGAUUGUGAAUUUCACUGCCACUAACUCAUUGUGGAUAUUGUAGAUAAGCUUGGGUCCUAUAUUUCAAUACUUACACAAUUUAAAAAAAAUAAAGUAAUGCCUUGGAAGUAGUAACAUUUAAUUAAACCCCAAGUUUAAUUGGUUCUAAAAUUAAGAAAUGAAUUCUUCUAAAAGCCAAGAAAUAAAUGUUUAAAAUGAG